UACUUCGUAAACUAUCAAGAUACUGUUUCGUUUAAACUUUCUAAUUGUUUGCUGUUUACGAACUUCGGCUUUGCUUAGAAGCAACAACUGAUAAGAACAGAUAACAGUGCUUCCUAGAUACUGUGUUGUUAAAGGCAAGCGCUGUGUUGCAAUAGGGUAUAAAAGAGCACGCAAUUACAAAAAGAGCAUCAGAAGGAACCAAAGUACAGUUUAGUUAAAAAAAUGGCAAAUGUCUUACUGUUGCAAUCGCCUCCACCAAAAUUAGAAGAUGUUCAAAAGAAAAUUUUUGACGAAGGCGCAAAAGCAUUUUUAGGUAAACUUCAUAGGCAGUUUGAUAAAGAAGUAGAUGAACUCUUUAGAACAAGGUUACAGCGAAUGGUUGAAUUAAAUGCGAAAAAAGUUUUAACUUUCAAAGCUUCUCCUGAGAGGAUAGAUAGAUCGUGGAAAAUUGCGUCUUUACCUUCGAGGCUGCAGAAUCGCCAUUUGGAUUUAGGAGAUGUAUCUGCUUCAAAUACUGCUCAUUUUGUUAGUGCUUUGAAUGCUGAUGUUCAAGGGAUUCAAGUGGAUUUUGAUGACGGUCAUUGCCCAACAUGGAAAAACCAGCUCAUGGCUUAUCACAACAUAUUAUCAGCGGUCAGUGGGAAAUUGCCUGGAGCACCAAUUAGUAUAACAACAUGCCCCAUUCUUAUGUUGAGACCUCGAGCUUGGAAUAUGAUAGACCAUGAUAUUUUGAUAGAUGGAAAGGAAGCAAGUGGACCUCUUGUAGAUUUUGGAAUCCUUAUCUAUCACACUGCUAAAAAACUAUAUGAAGCUAAUAGUGGGCCAUACUUUUAUUUGUCUAAAGUAGAAGGUGCAUCAGAAGCUAAAUUAUGGAAUGAUAUAUUCAUAUGGGCACAGAAUGAGCUGCAUAUACCACUGGGGACCAUAAAAGCAUGUGUUUUGAUUGAAAACAUUGUAUCUACAUUUGAGAUGGAUGAGAUCCUGUUUGCUUUACGAGAACAUUCUCUGGGACUUAAUUGUGGCAUAUGGGAUUACUGUGCAUCCAUCAUUGCUAAAUUUGGUACAAAAACACAAUUUCUACUGCCAGAUAGAAAUAAAUAUGUGAAUAUGGAUAGACGGUUUCUCAAGAGUUAUAUGCAGCUGGUAGUAAACACUUGUCACUUACGUGGGGCACCAGCUACUGGAGGAAUGGCUGCUGCCAUGCUUAAACCAGGAUCGAUCGGUACUGAUAAUUCAUCAAAAUCAAUAAUAAACAAUGUAUUGGGAGCAAAAUUGAAGGAAAUAGAAAUGGGUGUUGAUGGAUUCAUGGUGUAUGAUUCGCGUGUAGUACCGCAUGUUAAUGAGCUUUGGAAGAAGAGCAGCACAACACCUAAUCAAAUUCACCGUAUUUUCGACGUUACCGUCACACCUGACGAUUUACUGGCAAUACCCGCUGGUGGAGUGACUUUGCAAGGUCUCAAGCACAACGUGGCCGUGUCUAUUCUCUUCAUAUACCAAUGGCUGGCUGGUGUUGGACAUUUCUUUUAUAGUGGAAAUGUGGAAGAUUCAGCAACAGCUGAGAUUUCUAGAUUCCAGAUUUGGCAGUGGAUAAGGUUUGGGGUACCAUUAGAAGACGACCCAGCACGUCAAGUGACGGCAAAAUUAGUUGAAAAAACUGCAGCUAAUUUCGCUACUCACGCGCAUAAGAACCUUUGUCGUUCGAACGCUGAGCGCAAACGGCUUACGGCCGCUAGAUAUAUGAGUAUGGAAAUAUUCCUCUCCAGGAAUCCACCAGAAUUUAUCACCAGUUACUUGAAUGAUAAUCACAAGUUUAGAACUCUACAUAACAAGAGUUUGUCGAGUAAUUUGUAGGUUACUUGAAACCUUCCCAUGACAAACAUAUAUGCUUUCGACAAACGUUUUUGUUUCCUGGGUCUUUAAAACCUGGUUUUAUUGAUAGCGUACGUAUCGCGUAUUUUCCAAAUAAAAGUUACUAAGAGGCGUAAAAAUUGUUAAAUUGUGUUAAUGUAGUUUGUAAGUAUAUUAUUCAUUUUGAAAUGUUAUCUAGAACAUGCCAAAUUGUUUGAAAGUCAUGUCCAAGGGCCUGAGAAAAAACCACUUUUCGACAAGCGUGAUCAACUGUAAUGGUCAAAAUGGUCACGUGGCAAAGCGUGAGCUAAUGUUAUUCCAAUACAAAUUUGUUUGGAGUUAGUGUGUCAAGCCUGUGGAAAAGUGAUUUUGUUUCAAGCCCCAUCCAUAAGAAGCUAUUUUUUUUGCACCUGGGCUGGUGUAUAAAAUGCUUUUAUAUUGGGAUAAAUGUUAGACCCUGAAUGUUAUACAAUAAAUUUACUAUUCAUAUUUAUAAUUUAUACCAUAGCAACAUUCAUUUAAUUUUUUAUAGUUUUACCAAGGAUUUAUAUCGUAAAUAUAUUUUAUUAAUUAUUUUGAAAAAUAAAGAAAAUAAAAUAACAUGUUUCAACUCUAUAUAUUUAUCUCAAAAAU